AAAACACACACCAUCCUCAACAUGAAGACUGCUAUCGUACUGUUAGGUUUAGUGGCGGCCUGCCUGGCUGCAGAGAUCCGCAGAGGUAAGCAGGCUCCAGAGGCGAGGUACUACAACAACCAGCCCCAGUUCCAGCCCGCUCCAGCUCCUGUCGCUGAGGUACCGAGGCCAGUAGCCAUUGUCAGGCAAUCAGCUGACGUUAACUUCGAUGGAACCUUUAAUUAUGACUUCGAAGCCGAAAAUGGCAUCUCUUCAUAUGCAACAGGAUCAAUGAAACCCCUCAGCCCAGAAGUCUCCGCUCAGACGAUCCAAGGAGCGUACGCUUACACCGCACCUGAUGGUACUCCCAUCUCCGCAUCCUACUAUGCCGACGAGACUGGAUUCCACAUCAUCGGAGACCACAUCCCAACACCACACCCCAUCCCAGAAGCCAUCGCUAGAUCUCUGGAAAUCUUGCCCCAGCUGCCACAAGAACAGGAAGAGGUCCCACAACAACGCAAGUCUUCACGACCAGUUGUCAAGAGGAGAGCAUAAACUGACCCAAUGAUAUAGAUACGGAUUUUCGGUUGUAAUUACGGUUGUUCUUUUGUGAUUUAUAUGAGUCUUUGAAAUGUCUUGGAAAAGGGAAAAAGAAAAACUCUUGGGCUUCAUUGUCCAAUGUUUACCAUGAGUGCGCCAACUAUUCGCUUACUAGGAGAAGAUCAGUUAAUUUGAAAUUGAUCUUCUGAAUAGAGACUCUUGCGCAUGUCGCUGUACAUGAAUUCUCCACAAACAAUUUAUUACCCUCGAUUCCAAGCUUUUCUGAGCUCAUUUAAUUCUUGUAAUAAAAUUGCAAAUAGUUUUUCA